CGUAAUAGCUGGCAAGAGGUGUAUGAACGCCCAUAUUAUAACGACUGUCGUUUUCUGGCCACGCAAAGUUAAAGUAAGUUGCACUCUGCCAUAACUGGCGGUCUAAAGUUGUCCAAAAAAGCAUUCCCAGCAAUUUGCAUAUGUGGUAAAGUAGCCGGGCAAUGACGUAAUAACACGGGUGUUCUGUUUCAUACUCGUCGCCGUUUCCGAGUUACCACGUAGGCUAUGUGACUUUUUAGAUGAUUACUUCUGCCUUUAACGGUUUGCUAUACAAUUUAUUGCCUUAUUCGUGAUUGUUUUAGGCGUGAGACCGGCUCGCCGCGUGUUUUUGUAUUUUGCUUUUUCAAGCGAGUUUGCUAUAUCGCUGUACAGUGUGGCAAUUUGAAGUAAUGAACCAAUACCGGCUUAUUUAGGUCUGGUAUGCUUUACCAUAUGACCUAACUUCCACAGAAUAGAAUAGUGUAUUGCGGUUAGACUUUUCAUGCGAAAUGUAAAAGGGAUGCAUCAAAACGGAGGCCGAGGCGCAGACUGCAAACAAUUAGAUAGAACAGGUCGACGGAUCAGACUGAUCAUAUCUUCUAUGUUGGAGUUGUAUAAGCAAGCCACCAUGAACUACAAUAGAUCAACAAGGCGAAGUAAUAGCGUUCAUGUAAUUGACUUCAUGGAGUGGGUAAUGGGAGACAUGCCCUGGCAAGGACAACAUCGUUCAAGAUCAAGUGCAUCCGGCCCACCUUCGGGCAGAAGAAGGAAUUAUCCAAAUGUUGUGUCGGGUCAGAAACGAUUAGAAAUGGACACAAGGAGUCACACAUUCUCAAAGGAAAGACUUGACGAGUUUCGACAAAUCUUUGAGUUUUACGACGUGGAUAACAACAGGAUUAUGGACAUGGGGGACCUGGACGUGGCGUUACGAGCCUUGGGUUUUAGUCCAAGCGAAUCCGAGGUUGAAGAUGUGAUCGCCCUUAUGGAUGUAGACGGAGACAAGACGAUUGACUUUACGGAGUUCUGCAUGAUUAUCGAGUAUUUACAAUUUAAGAAGGGAAAAUACGGAGAAUUAAGGGAAGCCUUUCGAAGUCUCGAUCUUUGUAAUGAAGGAUUGGUGCUGGAAGAUGACGUUACUCAAAUGCUGACGUCACACGCGAAAGAAAUGACGCUCAAAGAAAUAAACGAUUUGAUCAGGUUUACUAAAACAGACGAACUGGAUACGAUCAAUUAUUCCAAAUUCGUCGACGCCGUAGAAAAAGCCGACUGUGACAAGAACAACGAUAAAGACGAAGACACGUUCAAGUUGUUAAAUAAUGUUAAAGAAAGAUUCUCAAAACUUACAACAAAAACCUCGUAUAGUUCAUCUAAUAAUGGAGCAACCAAUAUUGAGAAGUCGCGAAGUCCUUCAAAAAAACGCCGCAACGUUGAGACCAUUGACUCCUUAGUUCGAGCAUUAGGAGGUCCCAUACUGAUAACUAGCGCUGUGAUAAUCACAGCCAACACAGAGGAGAAAGCGUCAAGGCGGUGGCCACCGGUUAAGAAAGUACUUGGUUUACAAAAAUUUAAACGAAACCGACUCUUCAGCGCAAAAUAUUGAACAAGAAUUGAUUGACAGCUCGUUUUGAUGACGUCAAUAUCCACCUCUCAAUAUAAGAUUUCCAUGUCAGAGCGUUUUGCA